CUUCAAAACCUUAGUGGACAAGGGAGUUACACAAGGGGCUAUAAAUCUGCCUCCAUGCCUCAAGAGUUCAGGGCAUUGUAUGCUUUGAAUUCCCAAGCUUGUGCAUAGGGCUUGUGUGCUAGAUUUUGGUGAGCAACCAUGAGGAUGAGCUUUGUGGGUUGUAUUGUUUGGUUACUUUUGGGUCUAUUGUGUUGUGUGAGAGCUGAUCUGCAAUUAGGCUUCUAUGAUAAGAGCUGUCCAAAGGCAGAGAAGAUCAUCUCAGACUUUGUUAAGGAGCACAUCCCAAAUGCACCAACUUUGGCAUCACCUCUUCUUAGAAUGCACUUCCAUGACUGCUUUGUCAGGGGUUGCGAUGGUUCUGUUCUCAUUAAUUCCACCAGCAGCAACCAAGCUGAGAAAGCGGCGACUCCAAACCAGACACUUCGUGGGUUCAGUUUCAUCGACAGGGUGAAGAGUUUGGUGGAGAAGGAGUGCCCGGGUGUUGUUUCAUGCGCAGAUAUUGUUGCAUUAGUUGCAAGGGAUGCAGUUGGAGUCAUAGGAGGACCCUUUUGGAGAGUUCCAACAGGGCGCAGGGAUGGGUUGAUCUCCAACUCCACAGAAGCUUUGAAUGACAUUCCAGCCCCUACAUUUAACUUCAGCGCGCUUCAGACAUCCUUUGCAAACAAGGGUCUCAAUCUGACCGAUCUAGUUCUGUUAUCCGGAGCUCACACAAUUGGUAUUUCCCACUGCUUAUCCUUCGACACUCGCCUCUAUAACUUCACGGGAAAAGGUGAUCAGGAUCCUUCUCUGGAUAAGUUCUACGCUGAAAAUCUGAAGAAGAAGUGCAAGUCCCUCAACGACAACGUAACCUUCGUUGAAAUGGAUCCAGGAAGUUUCAGAACGUUCGAUCUUGGGUACUAUAAAAAUGUCCUCAAGAGAAGGGGCCUCUUCCAAUCUGAUGCAGCUCUGAUAACCAAUGCUGGCACCAAGUCUUCUAUUAUGAACCUUGUUGAUAGCCCUCCUGAAGUAUUCUUCCAAGAGUUCGCUUUGUCCAUGGAGAAGAUGGGCAGGGUUGAGGUCAAGACUGGAUCAACUGGUGAGAUCAGGAAGAACUGCGCAGUUGUGAAUGCUUAGAAUAAAAUAUAUCAGGGCAGGUUCCAUUUAAUUGUGUUCUCUGAUAUGUUUUGCUUUGUAGUUAGAAUAAAUAAGUUGAAUGGUGUGUUAUUAAGGUUCUGCUCUGUUCUGUAAAAGAUAUUUUCUUUUUCUUUUCUUUUCUUUUUUUUCCUUCAAGGAAAUAAAGAAUUACCAUGAACACUCUGAGCAUAAAGGAGUGUUUUUUUUUUUGUAAAGCAUGAAUUAGCUGCAGUUUAAUCUGAAUUGUUUCAUCAGUUA